CUCUCUCUCUCUCUCUAUGUCUCUCUUUCUCUAUAAAUUUUGUUAGAGUUGGUGUUGAUAAACUGUUAGUUUGUGUAGAAAAUUUGUCUGGCAAAAAUGGGCAGAAAGUGCUCACGUUGUGGAAAUAUUGAUCAUAAUUCAAGGACUUGCACUAUUUACAGAGGAACUACUACUUCUGUUGCUGCAGGGGGGAGUAGGCUGUUUGGGAUACAACUUGACAUGUCUUAUUCUUCUUGUUCUUCUAUUGUUAUGAAGAAGAGUUUUAGCAUGGAUAGCUUGUAUUCAUCUCCAUCAUCAUGUUCUUCGUUGUGCUCUUCAAGAGAUGAAAAUUCGGACAAAACAAACAUUGGUUAUCUCUCCGAUGGCCUAAUCGUCCGAGCCCAAGAAAGAAAGAAAGGAGUUCCAUGGACAGAGGAGGAGCACCGGAGUUUUCUCGUAGGGCUAGAGAAGGUAGGGAAGGGUGAUUGGAGAGGAAUAGCAAGAAAUUUUGUGACAACAAGAACUCCAACACAAGUUGCAAGUCAUGCUCAAAAGUACUUUCUUAGGCAAGCAAAUCUUAACAACAAGAAGAAGAGGCGUUCAAGCCUCUUUGACAUGGUUGGAAGUGGCAACAUAACAAAACAUCUUGUGAAUACUAGUAAUUCCAUGUCAAGUGAUCAAGAUACCACUCUGACUCUGCUGGGUCCUCGUUCUUUUCAACAAAAUAUCAAAUUUGAUGAUCAAGAAACUGAGUCAUCUCAGUUGGGUUGUGACAAUAAUUCUUCCGCACAAAUUUGGUUUGAUGGGUUUAAAGAAGACAAAAAGACUAAUCCUCCGAUUGCUGCAAAACUCAAUUUGGAUCUCACACUUGGUUCUUCUCCUAUGAAUUUAGAAGAAAACCAAUCUUCUCAUCCUUACGGUACCAGACCUAUCAGUGUGACCUGAUAAAGAGAUUACGCAUAGCAGUAAAUGGCAGUGCUAUUACAGCCAGUGUUGUAUUCUUGGUCACUAACGAGUAAUGUCUAAUAGAGAAAAUCUCUCUGUUCUUUCUCAAUUUCUUUUCAUUUUUUUCCCAGUAUCUAUAUUGUGAAUGAACGGGUAGAUGACUCUGUUGCAUAAAUACUAUUAUUGAUGUAACUAUUAUUAUUCUAAAUGGGAGUCACAAAAAAGUUGUGAUUGAAUUUCA